ACUUUGAAACAGAAGGUCAGCAAAGGGAGCAACAGACUUCAAUUCAGAGCUUUAAUGGGAGCCAUUGACCACAGCAAAAGGCCUUGACUGGAGUGUCUAGAGUGUGCUUUGCACAGGCCAAAAAGUCACUUUCAUAUUCUUUGAACCUUUUGUAUAAACCUAUAUAUUUUUCACUCUGUGGAUUUCAAGAUGAAUGUGCAGCCGUGUGCUAGAUGUGGCUAUGGGGUUUACCCUGCUGAGAAGAUUAACUGUAUAGAUCAGACAUGGCAUAAAGCCUGUUUUCACUGUGAAGUAUGCAAGAUGAUGUUAACAGUAAACAACUUUGUUAGCCAUGAGAAAAAGCCUUACUGUCAAGCGCACAAUCCAAAAAACAAUGCAUUCGCGAGUGUAUUUGAAACACCGCUAAAUAUGAAUGCAAAAAAACUGUCGGAAGUGGUAAGUGAGAUAAAAUAUCGAGAAGAGAGUGAACAAUUCAAAUCAGUCUUUCAGUGGGAUGCAAGGUCCAGAGAAAUUGAAAGUGUCUAUAAAGCCCAGCAACUGGCUACCCAGAAUGCUUACUAUGCUGCCUAUGAGGAAGGAAAAUCAUGGUACCCAGGAACAAUCCCAGAUCCUGAGAUGGUCAAGAUAACACAGGCACAGAAGGCUCUGAGUGAUUUUCAAUAUACAGAAGACUAUGAGCCACGAAGAGGCAAAGGCAGCUUCCCUGCUAUGAUCACUCCAGGUUAUCAGGUUGCUAAGAGAGCCACACAACUAAGCAGUAAUGUGGAAUAUAAGCGUGGACAUGAAGAGAGAGUUUCAAAGUUCACCUCUGUUGUAGACACUCCAGAGAUACUUCAUGCAAAGGCUGGAGCACAUCUUGCAAGUGAUUUGAAAUACACAGAAGACUUUGAAGAACGGAAGGGAAAAGGCAGCUUUCCUGCUAUGAUCACUCCAGCUUAUCAAAUAGCCAAGAGAGCAAAUGAAUUAGCCAGUGAUGUAAAGUAUCAUCAAAGAUAUGAAAAGGAGAUCAAGGGAAAAGCCAGCCAUACAGCUGGAACAGAUGUUGCUUUUGCAAGAGAAAAUGUAGAUCAAUAUGGACAGGGAUAUAUGGAUGAGUUUGAGGAACGCAGAGGGAAAGGAAGCUUUCCUGCUAUGAUCACUCCAGCUUAUCAAAAUGCCAAGAAAGCAAAUGAAUUGGCAAGUGAUAUAAAAUACAAGAAAGAUCUUUCCAAGAUGAAAGGUGCAGCUCACUUUCACUCCCUAACAGCUGAAGACAACUUGGUCCUUAAACAAGCCCAAAGUGUUAACAAGCUUGUCAGUGAGGUGGAGUACAAGAAGGAUCUUGGGAACAACAAAGGCUACAGCAUGAAUUACUGUGACACUCCACAAUUCAAGAAUAUGAGCAAGAUCUCAAAAUUCACCAGUGAUCUUAAAUACAAGGAAACCUACCAGAAUGAGAUGAAGGGUCACUAUGUGGGUAUUGGCAUGGACAAGAGGAUGCUCCAUGCCAUGAAAGUUGGCAGCUUGGCAAGCAAUAUAGCCUAUAAGUCUGAUUACAAACAUGAUGGUGUUGACUACAAUUACCCAGCUACUCUCACUCCUUCAUACCAGACAACAAGGAAGUUGGUCCCUUUGAAAGAUGUAAACUACAGGCAAAGCAUAGACAAGCUGAAGUACAGCUCUGUUGCCAGCACACCACAAAUUGCUCAAGCCAAAAUAAAUGCACAGCAGCUCAGUGAUUUGAACUACCGAGCCCAGUAUGAGAAGACAAAAACAAAUUUCACUCUACCUCAGGAUGUACCACUGUUAGUGAAAGCAAAAGCCAAUGCUGAGUUAUACAGCGAGAUUAAGUACAAAGAAGGCUGGGAGAAGAGUAAGGGCCGGGGCUUUGAAAUAAAACUUGAUUCUCUGCCUUUACUUGCUGCCAAAGCUUCAAGAGAUCUUGCCAGUGAUAUUAAAUAUAAAGAAGAAUAUGAAAGAACAAAAGGAAAAACAACUGAAACCAAGGAUUCAAGACUUUUGCACUCUCUGAAGGUGGCCAAGAUGAGUAGUGAGAUUGCCUACAAAAAAGGUUUUGAGGAGAGCAAGGCCAAUUUCCACCUGCCCAUGGAUAUGAUAAAUCUGAGGCAUGCUAAGAAGGCUCAGGCACUUGCCAGUGACUUGGAUUAUAGAACCAGACUCCAUGAGUACACAGUGCUCCCAGAAGAUAUGAAGACCAAGUGGGCAAAGAAGGCCUAUGAUCUCCAGAGUGAUCUCCAAUAUAGGGCAGACCUGACAUGGAUGAAAGGAGCUGGAUGUAUCACAGAAGGAAGUCUUAAUAUACAACAAGCCAAAAAAGUAGGAGAUUUAGUCAGUGAGAAAAAGUACAGGCAGAAGGCUGAUGCUCUGAAGUUCACCAGUGUGGCUGACAGUUCUCAGAUCAAGCAUGCCAAGAAAAGCCAGGAACUUCAAAGUGAUGUUGCCUACAGGUCAGGGAAAGAGCAGUUUCUUCAUCAGUACACCAUCAGCAAAGAUGACCCUGUCUUCAUGCUGGCCAAAGCAAAUGCUGCCAAUAUCAGUGAGAAACUCUACAGGAGUAGCUGGGAGAAGCAGAAGGAAAAAGGAUUUGUGCUUCGUUUGGAUGCUUUGUCAUUCCUGACAGCUAAGGCAAAGAGGGAUCUGGCAAGUGAUGUUAAAUAUAAGGAAGGUUAUGAGAAGAUGAAGGGUAAGCUCAUUGGAGUAAAAGCUGUGGAGGAAGAUUCGCAGAUGGCUCAUUCCCUGCAGAUGUCAAAGUUGCAGAGUGAUGUGGAGUACAAGAAAGCCUUUGAGGGCACAAAGAGUCAGUUCCAGAUCCCCAUGGACAUGGUUAACCUUGUUCAUGCCAAAAAGGCUCAGAAUCUGGCCACAGAUAUAGGAUACAAGACAUCUCUCCAUCAGUACACAGCCCUGCCUACUGACAGGAGGGUGGCAUGGGCCAAGUGGGCCUACGGAUUGCAAAGUGAUAACCGAUACAGAGCAGAUUUGAACUGGAUGAAAGGAGCUGGAUGGAUAGCCACUGGGUCAUUAAAUGUGGAACAGGCUAAGAAGGCAGGAGAACUCAUUAGUGAGAAGAAGUACCGUCAGCAUCCAUAUGCUUUGAAGUUUACCAGUAUUAAAGACACUCCUGAGAUGAUCCAGGCUAGAAUUAGUUAUAACCAGGCUGUGGAUAGGCUGUACAAGGAGCAUGGAGAGAGUAUAAAGCAUCAGUAUACACCAACGACAGAUCUUCCUGAAAUCCUUCAGGCCAAAUUAAAUGCUAUGAAUAUCAGUGAGGCUCGUUACAAGGAGUCCUGGAGAAGGAUGAAGGAUGGUGGCUAUCAGCUGAAACUGGAUGCCAUCCCCUUCCAAGCAGCAAAGGCUUCGGGUGCAAUCAUAAGUGAUCACAAAUAUAAGGAGGCUUUUCAGAAAAUGAAAGGGCAGAUGGCUGGCUCGUGUGGCCUGGAUGGUGACAUUCGUAUUGCUCAUUCAGUCCAUGCAACAUCUCUGCAGAGUGAUGUGAAAUACAAGCAAGGUUUUGAGGACACAAAGUCUCACUUCCACCUGCCACUGGAUAUGAUACAGUUGGUCCAUGCCAGGAAAGCCCAGUCGCUGGUGAGUGAGCAGGAAUACAGGCAGCUGCUCCACCAGUACACGGCUUUGACUGACGAUGUGAGGCUGCGCUGCGCCAAGAACGCCCACAAACUGCAGAGUGAGAAUUUAUAUCGGUCUGACAUGAACUUUAUGCGAGGCGUUGGAUGUAUUACCCCAGGGGCCCUGGAGAUUGAAGGAAAGAAGAAAGCUUCUGAACUCAUCAGCGAGAGUAAAUAUCGUCAGCAGCCACAUUCCUUCAAGUACACAUCGGUGACAGACUCUCCUGGCCUCCUUCAUGCAAAAUUCAGCAAUAUGAUUGCUAAUGAGCGCCUGUAUAAAGCAGCAGGAGAGGACAGUCGGCAUCACUACACACCAACGCUGGGCCUGCCAGAGUUUACACGGGCAAGAAUAAAUGCAGCCAACCUCAGUGAUGCAAAAUACAGAGAAUCUUGGCAUAAUCUACGUGCUCAAGGCUACAAGCUGACAAUGGAAGCACUCCCGUUCCAGACUGCCAGGGCCUCCAGAGAAAUUGCCAGUGAUUACCAAUAUAAACACAAUUUUGUGAUGGAGAGAGGAAAAUGCAUUGGUGCCAGAAGUGUUCUGGAUGACGCCAGGUUGCUGCACUGCUUGCAUGCUGCCAAAUUACAGAGUGAACAAGAGUAUAAGAAGGGAUCCCAAGACGUGUGGUCUCAGUUUCAUCUGCCCAUGGACAUGGUCAAUCUUGUCCAUGCCAGGAAAGCCCAGGCCUUAGCGAGUGACCAAGACUACAGAAAGAGACUCCAUGAAUUUACAGCACUCCCGGAAGACAUGAAGAUGAAGUGGGCCAAAAGAGCCCACAUGCUACAGAGUGAGCAUCGCUAUAAAUCAGACCUGAACUUCAUGAAAGGAGUUGGGUGGAUGGCUCUGAGAUCUCCGCAGAUAGAAAGUGUAAAGAAGGCUGGAGAGCUCAUCAGUGAGAUAAACUACCGUCAAAAGCCAGAAAGUCUGAAGUUCACUGCUGUGGUUGACUCUCCAAGUUUGAUUCAUGCCAAAAAGAGCUACCUCCAGUGCAAUGAUAGACUGUACAAGGCUGGAGUUUCUGAAGGCAGGCACAGGUACACCCUGCCUCCUGAUCAUCCUGAUUUUAUCCGAGCCCGCCAGAAUGCGCUUUACAUCAGUGAUAAAUUGUAUAAAACAUCUUGGGAACAGUCAAGGGCAUCUGGCUAUGAUUUUAGGAUUGACGCCAUCCCAUUCCAGACAGCAAAGGCUUCAAGAGAGAUUGCUAGUGAUUACAAAUACAGAGAAGCCUUCCUGAGAGACAGAGGCCAGCAGAUUGGAUUCCUCAGUGCAAAUGAUGAUCCCAAAAUCAGACAUGUCCUCAGAGUGGGGAAACUCCAGAGCGACCUCCAGUACAGGAGUGAUUAUGCCCUAAACAUGGCACAGUUCCAGAGUCACCUCAACCAGCCAGGAUUCCUCCAUGCCAAGAGAAGCCAGCAGCUUGCAAGCAAUGUUAACUACAGGCAGCCCUUGCACCAAUACACUUGUGACCCUGAGCAGCUAAAUGUGAAACACGCAAAGCAGGCCUACGAGCUGCAGAGUGAUGUAAAAUACAAAUCUGACUUGAACUGGCUCAGAGGCAUUGGCUGGACUCCCCCAGGUUCCCACAAAGUUGAAAUGGCAAGAAGAGCUGCUGAGCUGGCAUACCUUCGGGAAAUGGGAUUGCUGCGUGCUUCUGCUCAGUACAGACCUGACCAGUUGGAGACAGAAGGAUCUCAGCAAGUCGGAGUCAACCCUGAUGCUUCAGAAAUUCUGCAAGUCAAGAGAAGGCAAAUGCAGCUCUACCAGAAGUAAACAGAAACAUGACAUAGCAUAAAUAGAUUUUCACCUUGUCCUGCAAAUUCUGUAGCUUUUCCAGUUUUCUGGAAAACAUAAUAGAUGGCAUUUAAGAAUUUUUGUUUUAACAAGCAACCAAAACAUUGCAAUUUAUAACUGAUCAUUUUAUUUUUGUGUGGAUACUUUGUGAUUUACCACUGAAUAUAUUACAGAUUCUGCUAUUUAUUUAAAGCUGUAAAUGAAAUUAGUACUAGACGACUGGCAGGCUCAGCUUUGUACUACAGAUGGUAGAAUAUGAAAUAAUUUGUAAUGAAUAAAUCAGGUGACUCUUAUUCCAUGUUUAAAUUUUUGGAGAUUUUUAUGUUCCUGGAAUAUUGGCACCAUUGACCUAAGAGAGUACAAAAGCACAAUUCAGGUGGCUUAAGAGAUGGACGAGUCAAAGGCUAGUGGGAGAAAAGUUAUCACUGACUUGCCAAAGGCAGGUCUUCUAGCAGACAUCAGGGAAUCUUCUAGACUAUCAGAACAUUCUAGACUAUUCCGGUCACAAUUAGUUCUUCAGUUUUUUUCAAACCUUCCAAAGUGAAAAAUCAGAAUUGCUCUUUGCAAUAGGGGGAACUAUUGACAGAUUAGGUAGCUGCUUAGAGAAGGUUGUAAACCCUGGAAUUCAAGUGAGAGUGACAUUGCUAUUUUAAGAAAUUGACUCUUCAAAAGCAAGUCUAUUCUUUAGAUCCUGAUUUACUACCAAUCCCUUGUUUUUCAAAUUUCUGUGCAGAAUCAUUGGGCAAAGUUAACUCAAUCUGACAGGUACAUCUUAUGAGAACUCAAAUUAUCCAAUGGCUUUAGACAGAUUUUUUUAGCAGCUUUUAGUCCUACUAUGUAUGUCUCACUGGUUAAGCACAUAUAAACCAUUGUAGAUCUGGAGCAUAACAUGUAAUUAUUCUCUAGUCAGGAAUAAAGUGGAUAAUUCUAGUACUGAA